AUGCUGAGAGGCAUAGCUUCCGGAAUGAAAUAUUUAUCAGAUAUGAACUACGUCCACAGAGACUUGGCUGCCAGAAACAUACUAGUCAACAGCAACUUGGUCUGCAAAGUCUCAGAUUUUGGUCUUUCUAGAGUCCUCGAGGAUGACCCUGAAGCAGCGUAUACCACAAGGUUAAUGGUUAAUGUUCUUUUCCAUAAGGGUGGUAAAAUCCCCAUACGAUGGACAGCCCCAGAGGCCAUUGCCUACAGGAAAUUUACAUCAGCAAGUGAUGUAUGGAGCUAUGGUAUUGUGAUGUGGGAGGUAAUAUCCUAUGGAGAAAGACCUUACUGGGAAAUGUCCAACCAAGAUGUAAUUAAAGCAAUAGAUGAAGGGUACCGCCUGCCCCCUCCCAUGGACUGCCCUGUAGUGCUACAUCAGCUCAUGCUGGACUGCUGGCAAAAGUGUCGAAGUGACCGGCCUAAGUUUGGACAAAUUGUAAAUAUUUUGGACAAAUUCAUACGCACCCCAAGCAGCCUAAGCGAGCUAGCCAACAGCUCUACAUGGUAA